CCUCGGCAGGUGGGGGCAUAGACUUCCGCAGCAGUGACUCGAGAGGGCUCAUUUGCCAGGAGGGUUUCGCGUGAGGAGGCAGAGAGAAGGAGCAGAGCUAGCAAUGAGAGGAGAGGAUAGCGGAGCCCCCCGUUCUGAAUGUUGUGGGUGUGUUUGUUGACGCAAGUUUAGCGUAGACGGGUUUUCAUCACAAGAUUGAGCAGGUGCAUUGGCAAGAACUGAGCAGUGGGCCAGGAAGUUUUUGAGCUCUAGUCAGGAGGAGCUGUGGCGUUGGUGGUUCUUCUUGUCUUGUUCCGAAGCCCUGACACACAUGGUUCUCUAGUCGGACUACGGACGCACUCGUUGGAUCAGCAGCUUUGAAGCCACACACACAGAGCACAUGCUGAAUAUUGUGACUCGGAUAUCGUGAACAACUGCGUGAGUGAGGUUUUAGAGCAGUUUGAUGUUAUCUUCCGGGCAUCGAAAUUGGGGACAAGUCAAAUUUUUGGCAACGAUUUAAGUAUCGAGUGCUGCAUCAAGUGGCAAUUUGGAUCACCUAACUUACUUUGGAGGAGGAGGGUAAUGGACAUGGAUAUUUUGAAGGAUAUGGAGAUUUUAACAACAAUAAAGGCUAUGGAAUUGGAGCUUAAUAACAUUGAGGUUAUGGGAGAUGAACAAUUCAAUGCAAAUCAAUGCAAGAAUUUAUUGGAAAACUUUAAAAAAGGUUUGCAAGAAAUUGAAGCUAUAGUUGGAGCACAUGUGCAUAAAUUACAACCAAUAUUAGAGGACUUGUCUCGAAUUAUUGUGAAAGUAAAGAAGGUGAUAAAGAAUUGUUUAGGAGAUUGGAGAAAAGUGAUAUUGAUGCAAAGAUCUAGUCAAGAGACAUUUAGGGAAUUGCUCUUGGAAUUACAAUGGUUUUACAACAUAAUUUAUGAAAUUUUUGAUGAAAGAAGAUUAUGUCAAAAGAUGGAGGUUGAAGGGUGCAACAAAUUCGAACCAUGUGGUUUAAAAGAUGUUGCAAAAGAUGAAAGAUUAUUAUUUCAAAAGUUAAACAAUAUUGUUGAGAAUGUAUCCAAUAAUUCUAAUGCUUUCAAAUUGAUUAACUAUAUAGUAGAAUGGCAAUCUUGCAUUCAUAAGUUUGAAUGUGGAGCAGAAGAGUUUAUGGCUUUUCCUACAAAUUUUCCUGAACCAGAUUACAAAGAAUAUUCUCAAAAAUUGCAAGAAAGCAUGGGAAUGGUUGUAUAUGUGACAACAUGGUUGGACUUUGAGAGUAUUACAAAGAUUAUAUCUUUUGGAAGUAUUGAAGCAAAAAAUAUACUUGAAAAAGAAGCACAUAUUUUAUCACGUUUGAAUCAUCCAAAUAUUAUCAAGGUAUUUUAUUGUGCUAGUAAAAUUCAUUCAAACCAUCGUGGAGAAAUUAUAAUUGGUAUGGAAAAAGGUGAUAUGAGCUUAUCUAAAUUAUUAUAUGAAAAUCAUCAUUUGCAAAUGUCUUUUCUACACAAAGUUGAUGUAAUGAUUCAAAUUGCUAAUGCAAUGUUUUAUCUUCAUGACAUGAAGGUGGCUCAUCGUGAUUUAAAGCCUCAAAAUGUUGUAAUUAUGAAUCUUGAGAUGGAAGAAAUUAAAAAAACUGGUUACAUACAUGUGAAAUUGAUAGACUUUGGAAUAUCCAAAGUUGAAGUAAAUGGUGAUGAAAAACCCACAAAUCAAAGAAUAUAUGAAACAACUCGUUACAUGGCUCCUGAAGCAAGAUAUCCUCUAAACCAAUUGAAUCCAUUCAAAGCAGAUGUUUUUAGUUUUGGCAUUCUUUGUUGUGAUAUUUUGACAAGUAUUGAAAACGAAUGGGACUAUAAAGACUCUUCUAUUUAUGUAAAGAAGAGAUUAGAAAGCUUAUAUAAAUUCAAUCAUAGACUUCAAUUGUUGAUCAAAGAAUGUUUGGAUAUAAAAAAUCCUUCAAAAAGGCCUUCAUUUCUAGAAAUUGUGAAGAGCUUGAUGGAAGUGAAGAAACAAUUUUUUGAAGAUGAACUUACAAAGAAUGAAAAGAUGAUAUCCAACAAUAUUUCAUUUACAAAGAAUCUCAAGCGAAAAUUACAAGAUUGGACCAUAAAUUUUUGUAAGAAAUUUGCUAAAUACAAACACACAAAUAACAAUGAAAUGAAUAAUAAGUAUAAAAAUAUAUCUAAGGAUUCAUCAAAUAUUUAUGAUUCAAAUAUUAGCAAGUAUUUUCAUAAAAUGAAAAAAGAUUCAAAUCUUGAAUCAAAAUUUGUGGAAUUAGAAAAGCUACUUCUUAAAAACCACAUGGUAGGUAUAGUUGGUAUGGCUGGCAUAGGCAAGUCUACAUUGGUGAAGGCUUUUAAAGAAUACAUUGAUAAAAAAUUAUCCAACAAAUCAAUGUUUUUACCAAAUAAAAAUAAUAAUACCAAAGAAUUUUCUUUUGAAAAUACAACUCUUUUACAUGGUACAAUCCUAUGGAACCUAAAAAAUGACUAUUUAAUGGAGUUAAGUAAAACUUUACAAUUUUUAGACAACAAAUGCAAAGCUAUGAAUCUUGAAGAAGGAAAACAAAUAUUAAUUAAAAAGCUUCAAGAAAAAAGACUUCUUAUCAUCUUUGAUGAUGUUUUGAAACAUGAAGAUAUGAAGAAAGUAGUGGAUAUAGCAAUGUUAGGUAUACCAAGAAGUAAAUUUAUAGUCAUUAGUCGUGAAUGGAAUAUAUUAAAAAAAUUUAUAAGUGAAUCAGGAAAAAUAGAAUUGAGUCCGCUUGAUGAAAGUACAAGUAUGAAAAUACUUCUUGAGAAUAUUUUUAAAGAUGGACCCUUUUAUAUGCCACAUUUAUAUGAAUUCUCUACAGAAAUAUCCAAAGCUUGUGAUGGACAUUCUUUAAGUUUAGAAUUUGUAGGUUCUUCUUUAAAAGGACAAACAAGACUUCGUGUAUGGGAGCAAACUUUGCAUAGACUAAAAAGAGCUAAUAUAUAUGUAGAUGGUGAAGACCUUUUGGCAAGACUAAAGCCUAGUUUUGAUGACCUUGGAGAAGAAGAAAAGAUAAUAUUUUUGGAUUUAACAUGUUUUUUUUGUAAAGAUACAUGGCUUGAAGACAUUCAUGAAGGUGAAAUUUUUCAAUUUUAUGAAGAUAAAUUUAAAAAUUGUAAAAAAAUAAUUACAACUUUAAAAGAUAAAUUAUUUAUUAAAGUAGAUAUAUUUGGAAUGGUAACCAUUCAUGACUUACUACGAGAUAUGGGACGUAAAAUUUCUAGAAAAAAUUGCAAUGAAAUUCGAAAAUGGAAUGAAAGUUGUACAUUAUUUGUUGAUUUUGAAUCAAAGGAUAAUUCAAAUAUAAGAGGCAUUUGUUUUACAAGUUGUCAAAGCCAUUUGAAACCAUAUGGUAGUAUAAAGAUUGAAUUACCUUAUCUUUGUUUAUUGAGUUUUAUGGCAUGUACAAAUACAAACAUGUUAACUUCAAUUAUAAAACAAUCUAAUCAGCUUAAGUGGUUAAAACUUUAUUUCUUUGGAUUAGAGAAUACAAUAAUAUUAAAAUAUGAUAUUGAAAUUGUUUCACAUCUUAUACACGAAAAUUAUCUAAAAAAUCUUGUCAUAUUAGAGAUAAUUGGCUUAACAAGUCUAACAUCAUUUUCAUUUGAUGCAACAAGUAUGAAGUUUUUAAAAACUUUGAGUCUUAAUUACUGUUUCCAACUUAUAAGUUUAAACAUUUGUAAAGAAAAAUACACAAUUUUAAAUACACUUAAUUUAAGAGGAUGUUCAAAGUUAAAGGAUGUUACAAAUAUACUUUCUACUAUAAAAACAUUGACGUAUUUGGAUUUACAAAAUUGUGAGGAUAUGGAAAAAAUAGGUGAUAAAGUACAUUUAGCAUCAUCUUUAAUUUUAAUAGACUUGACAAAUUGCCUUAAUUUAUACAAAGUAAAUAAGCAAUUUGCUAAUCUUGUAUCUCUUAAGAAAUUACUUCUUAAAGAUUGUAGCAAUUUGAAGAAGAUUCAUGCAACAUUUGAUGGUAUGACCAACUUAAAGAUAUUAUGGUUUGAAGGGUGUGAGAUGUUGGAAGAUAUGCCUAUAGGAUUGAAGCAUCUUUCAUCUUUGCAAGAAUUAUCACUUAGAAGUUGUAAAAAAAUGGAGAUUAAAGGUGAUACCUUCAAUGCAUUAACAUCUUUGACCUACUUGGAUUUAUGUGGUUGCAUUAAAGUGGAAACAAUACAUCAUGGAUUUGCUAAUCUUGUAUCUCUUGAGAAAUUAUUUCUUCAAGAUUGUAACAAUUUGAAAAAGAUUCAUGCAACAUUUGAUGGUAUGACUAAUUUAAAGAUAUUAUGGUUUGAAGGGUGUGAGAUAUUAGAAGAUAUGCCUAAAGGAUUGAAGCAUCUUUCAUCUUUGCAAGAAUUAUCACUUAGAAGUUGUAAAAAGAUGGAGAUUGAAGAUGAUACCUUUAAUACAUUAACAUCUUUGAACUGCUUGGAUUUAAGUGGUUGCAUUAAAGUGGAAACAAUACAUUAUGGAUUUGCUAAUCUUGUAUUUCUUGAGAGAUUAUUUCUUAAAGAUUGUACCAAUUUAAAAAAGAUUCAUGCAACAUUUGAUGGUAUGACCAAUUUAAAGAUAUUAUGGUUUGAAGGAUGUGAGAUGUUGGAAGAUAUGCCUAUAGGAUUGAAGCAUCUUUCAUCUUUGCAAAAAUUAUCACUUAGAAGUUGUAAAAAGAUGGAGAUUGAAGAUGAUACCUUUAAUGCAUUAACAUCUUUGAUCUACUUGGAUUUAAGUGGUUGCAUUAAAGUGGAAACAAUACAUUAUGGAUUUACUAAUUUUGUAUGUCUUGAGAGAUUAUUUCUUAAAGAUUGCACCAAUUUGAAAAAGAUCCAUGCCACAUUUGAUGCUAUGACCAACUUGAAUCUAUUGACAUUUGAAGGAUGUGAAAAGUUAGAAGAUAUGCCUUUGGGAUUCAAGCAUCUCUCAUCUUUCUAAAUAUUGUCAAUUGGUAGUUUUAAAAAGAUGUAGAUUAAAGGUGAUUGAUACCUUUAAUAUAUUAACAUCUUUGAUGACAUAGGAAUUAAGUAAUUAUAUGAAUAUGGAGUUAGUACAUAAUAGAUUUGCUAAUCUUUUAUCUCUUCAAAAUUUAUUUUUUGAAGAUUACACUAAUUUAAAGAAGAUUCAUAUUGAGUUCGAUAAUAUGUCAAAUUUAAUGGUAUUUUGAUUUGAGAAAUAUGAGAAGUUGAAAGACAUACAUAUAGAAUAGAAGCAUCUUUCAUCUUUGCAAGAUCUAUUACUUAGAAGUUUUAUAAAGAUGUAUAUUAGAAGUGAUAUCUUUAGUGCAUUAAUAUCUAUGAUAUACUUGGGUUUUAAUGGUUCUAUUAUUUUAGGUAUAAUUCACAAUGAAUCUUUAUUUUUUUAGGUACUCAAGAUACAAAUAUGUUUUAAUAUUAUAUUAAUGAUUUGAAAAUUUAUCAUGA